AUGUCACGAUCUCGCCAACCCGGCAGCAAUCCGCAGAUUCAAAGCACAACCGAGACAUCUCGAGACUCAUCCGUCGCCCGACUUUCCGGUACGCUACGACUGAGGGGCGACGACACAUCCAGCACGAGUGAGCCGUCCACAGCCCGCCACAUUCGAUGGAGCGAAGACGUCGUGGAUAAUGAGGGGAUGGGUAAAAAGAGCUCCAAGGGUAAUCACGAAAUUUUUCCUCCUUCCGCCGAGCCCCAGAGUCUGACAUUCCCAGUCUGCUGUAUCUACCACAAAGCCCGGCCAGUAGGCGAAAGCAGUUCAGAAUCCGAAUCCUCCUCCAGCUCGUCAGACAGCGACAGUGAAAGUGAUAACGAAAUCGAUCGUCGCAGACUUCGAGCAAAGCAUUCCCGUUCCCGCGGCCGCAAACCCACCGGCGAUGGACCGGAAAAAUCACCGGUUGAGGGCCAAGCAGAUUGCUGUGCGGGGCAUGGGCCUCAACGAACGAAACAGAAGCGGAGAAAGCCGAGUCCGAACGCAUACGAGAAAAUGCCCAAGCCAUCUAAGCCGCCUUCGCAGGGCUCCUGA